ACCUCAUCCACUCCCCAUGCAUCCAUUAUCGACAGCUUAACCACUCGCGCUGUGACAAAACAAAGUCUCCCCGCCUCUCAGAAGCAAAAGGGCCAAGCAGCCUGGGGUUGCCAAGGCUCACGAUUAAUCCUGCUAGCUGCGUUAGCCACCUAGGUAGCUACCUCCUUACAGUGGAGAGGCGGAGGAGGAGCAGCAGUACCAGUAGCAACAACAGCAGACGAGAGAAGCGUCAGUCAAUCUUGAAAUCACCUCGGUUCUAGCUCGCUUGCAACCGUGGAUCUUCGCCGUCAUGAAAGAUAUUAUCCAGAGGCUCCAGAGCCGGGCUUUCUUGCAGUUUUGCUAGGUUGGCGACGUCGAACCUCGAAACGAGUAUCCGCUCAAGUCCUACCUCCGCGUUUGCUGGCCGCCUUCCACUUUACCUUACCACAUAUCUUCAAUUGCCCUGGCAGCCCAAGACCAAGCUGGUGAGAGGCAGUGGAACCAACGAAUCUCUCACCCCGCAGGAUCAUACGCAAGACAACCGCGCACAACACAUGGCAAGCCGUGGCCCAGGAUGACAUGAACAGGGCUGAUUACCCCCAUGCUUUGAGACAAUCAGGACAUCCCUCACUGAUAACUGGACAAUCAUAGCUGUGUCGGAAACAUACAGAUUUGUUCCGACUGCUCGGUUUAUCUGACCAUUACCAACUCACGCCAUGAUUAUGAUGACGAGAAAUUCGACUGGCGGCAAUACCACGGAGACACUUGGAACAUUGCGGUACAUGUCUCUUAGCGGUUGAUCCUGAGGCCAAUUAGUCACGACAAGGCUAAUCACCCAGUUGCCUAGCGGUCAACCGUGGCGGCGCCUCAGAAGCAGUUUAGGCGUGUCAGAGCUUCUAUGCAUUCUUCCACCAGACUUCUUCAGCCAUGUCACACAGACUAGGCGCUGUCUAACUUCAACCGUCUUGGUCCAUGCAGUCAAUAGCCCUUGCUGGUUCCCCCCACUCGACCCUCUCUCGUGCUGAAUUGCGCCCGUCCACUUACAUCAUUUAUGGACUCACAACUUCGGAGACAAUUUAUCUGCUGUGCAAGCCUGUUUACUUGGCUCACCAGCAUUUUCCAUUCGGUCUAGAAUUACGAUAUGAUCCCUUCUCAAUUUACGGAUAGAGCCCGAGACCGUGAAGUUCCAGAGGAAGUCCCAGAGCUUGACCCACGCCUCCUCGGCCGAGAAACCCGAAGGUUUCAAGGACAGGAGGAUGGAAUGCCGGGUGUAAAAUCACAGCACAUUCUCAAUCUUUACAGGACUCUAUAAAGUUUGUGUUACUGCUAAAUAUUCUCAUUACAAAUGGCUUCCGAAUUUCCAAGAUUUCACACUUCAGCGAUUCCAAGAAAGUGGUUGCUUGCAUGCAAGAGAUGGAUGCUACCCUCGCACUGAGGACAGACAGCCACACCUAUGCACGCCGCUCUCGUCAUCUGGAACCACUUCAACACCACUACGCACAGCGCUGUCCUCAGCCAUUUGCAACGGUUGCCAUCAUCGCCCUGUCUAGUAACACGUAUCCAUGCGAAGCACUUUUCAAAAGUAUCCAGUGUCCAGCUAUCAAGGAUCGUAUGCUCUGCACCGUCGCGUCACACCACCAUGAGAUUUGAACUGCCCUGCACUAGUUAUCGUGAAGUGUGAAGCAUGGCUGUCCACCACAUCCGAAUGUGCUUCACCAUGCAUGUCCGCAAAUUCGACGAAGCAACCCUCCCUAGGUUUCGAAGCUUUAAGCGUCGCAGCCACAUUUCUAGAACAUCAACAUCCCACCGAUCCUAUCACUCCUUACGUACGUUUAUGGUCGUAGUUGGCUCAACCGCGGGGGUUAUCAGAAGCCUUGCUUGACGCCUUGGCGGCUUGACAAUAGUCCCCUGGUUGGUGGUACGCAUCACAUCACACAGCAAGGACAGAAAACUGCAUAGGCAUUCUUUCGGUCAGGCACUCCAACCGUUUCGCCGCUACUACACAACCAUUGCGCUGUAGUCAUUUCUCAUCGUUGCGCGGUACAGUUUAGCUUACAUGAAUGCCAUCUGUGAUCGACUUCAACUCGGCUCUUCUAUCUUCAGGGUCAGAGCCAGCUCGGUACUGCUCAAAUCCAAUCCAACGUUGCUCGCAAGUGUCGGCCGGUCCCGAGAGAGGACCAAUCUCAAACACACACUAUCAGGAGCCGAUAAGGCAGUGAUCAUCUUGCGCAGGUCAGCUUUAGCGGCUGCAUUCGUGGAGAGCUGCAGAGUUUCAUCGGUGUCUACAAGAGUACCGAUCCUUCGGUCAGGGAUUAGGAAAAUGUCCACUAAACCGGGAUCAACCCGAAGGUUGGGAGCCCGAACACGACAGGGCUUGGGCUCAUUCAUACUCCUGGGAUGCAGAUGUGAAAGGAAGACUUGAGACACAAGCGGACCAAAUAAAGAGUCUCCUAAACGUGAUCGUCGCUGAUCUCUAAACUCGAUAUAGAUGCAUGAACCCUUCCAGGCUGAUCACAACUCUUUUCAUCGUCAUUUCAAGAGUUCCUUGCACAGAGCCCUUGAACGAGAGCUGGUCCCUGCAAAUCCGACCCCGACGCUUAUCCUAACCCUUGAAUUUUGAAAACUCCCAAGGCUGGUUGGAAACAACACUAUUAAUGGAGAACUUCUUCGUUGCAAAACGUCUUGACGCCGGACCUUCCGCUCACCGACAGUACUAGGCAAAACUCUUAUCUUCCUCCGUUGAAAGCCAAGAUUCACUGGACUUGUCCUUAAAGUCACUAUGUGGGCUAUCAGUAACUGCUUGACAUGCAAUACAUACAAAAAGGGUCGGAUCAUCAAACAUGCGUUUGCAAAUGUUGGCAAUCGCUCUUCGUCAAGCCCUUCGAGAUACCCCUGCUUUAAAAACGCAUGGUGACAACAGUGGCUGCGACAGUGGUGGGAGUACUACAGUGAUUUUUCCUCAGCGGACGACGCGGUAAAGACUACAACAAUAUAGGUCAAAAAGCUUCAAUGGUUGAAUGCCGUGACCUGGAAACGACUACCGGCGCCUCUUGUUUUGAAGCAAUCAAUCAACACACAAGCCAGUCAAUCCAACGUAUCGACAGAGACGGUGUGCGGGGGCGGCAAGGGUCUACAUUGGUAGCUAUUCCGAACCAAGCCCAAGCUUGGUUCUAGCCGCAUACACUAAACGAUAAAAUCGUGCGUUAGAAGGACCGAACGAUGCUGCAUGGAAGCCAAGCUAGGGUCUAAGCCUCGCACUUUGCAAAAAGCCCUCUCUUCCAGCACUACCAAUCUCUCCCAAAGUGACAGGGGGCGCUUAGAAGCAGCAACCACUCACUGACAGCGAGGCAUAUCCAUGCCAACCAGGUCUCGGUCGUCACAGUCCCUGUCGCCGGCUCAUCAACCUUAUUCAGUUACGAUACUCUCGUUUCAUUGGCUGCUGAUGCGAUUGAUGAGUCUCUCGUUUCUCAUCGCUGGAAAAUUAAGAAGCAAGCGCUACAUUACGAAAAACUAGAGCAGUCCAAGGCCCAAGUCGAACUAGGGACCCAAGGCUGUCUCAAGCCUUUGGUCAUAGUCGCAUCUUAUUAUGAUACUAGGAACAAGUUAUUUUCGGUUCUAAUGACCGCCUCGGUAUCGUUUUACGUCUUGGCUCGCAUCUGAAUGUCUAUUUUUUGAUCGGAUUCCCACUCACCCGAGUUGUAUACUACGCUUUGCCUGAGAGCUGAUAGGCAUUAAAUGCAAAGUAGAUUAAGGUGUGCGAAACCUCGAGGCAAUCAUUUUUCUUGAAGGCAACCAUGUUGGAUACUGGCCCUUAUCCUUUAUUCGCGCAAUUGUGGCUAAUCCUUGUUGAAAACGCUCUUCGCCAAUACCCGAGACACAAAUGUCCGACAGGAGCUGACGGUGUCUUCACACUGCUUCAAUUCGAGCCGCUUGCUUGCACAACCCCUGCCUAAGCGAGUUCCCCAUGUCUGCUUCACGCGGCUGUUGAGCUAGGCUAAUGAGAAGUCGGUCUGCUCCCCAUCAACCACUAACAUAGCCCAUGAUCUUCCAAGAAUUUUUGAGGCAAUGGGUAAUUCCGCCAUUCUUUAUCUCGUCUUUCGGCGACUCGUAGACUCUGGUAUCGCUUCACGAGGGAGGCAACCGACAUUGAUGCGUUGGGGUUCAUUUCCGAUUUGCCACAAGCCUGAGAUGAGGUUGAAUGCUACGUUGCUGGUAAGGUAAUGGUGAGCGAAUCAAGAUUGGUCCUGAAUUAUACCAGGACCCGACUGCUCCGGGCGAACCACUGCUAGUUUCAACUAGGCCAUUCACGUUGGCUUGAAUGCUGCCAGGCUGGAGGCUUGGUCUAUUAUGGUGUGGCAGGACGUCUGUCGGUUAUGAUCGGUCCCCUCGACUCAGGUACGCAUCAUGGCUACUCGUCAAGUUUAUAGUGCUGAUGCUUUUGGGUAUCAUGAUUCAAAGUCUAGCAAGUUAGCCUGACAUUGAUCGAUUGAAACAGUUUGGAGUUUGGACAAACGGGACUAGGGUUCAAAAAGCAAAUCUCACCCUAGUUUAUCGUGAGCCGAGGCUCCCUGGCCAUCUGCCUGAACGGUCUAGGGCCCGAAGAGUUCAUGACAACGGCUUUGAUCGACAUCCAGAAACCCCAAAGCCAUGCAACAACAAGUCCCUGAAAUCUCUCAUGAAAGGGUACUGAAAGUAUCGUCUCCACGUCCCCAGAUUUCCCCGCAAACUGGGCGGACAGCUACCGAUGCGAGUUUUGAUGUCGGCUUCAUUCAAUCUCGUCUUCACGUGCUGGACAUAGUUUAUUAUCACGUAAUAGUAUUGCUGUUUUGACUAAAAGUCGGGUCAGGGGGCAUUCCCAACGCAUCUAGCCAAGUUCUUUGGCAGCCACCCUUGAUCUCCAACAGCCCCGACAAGAAGAUGGAGAACCCUACCGACCCCGCGUCUCUUGGUGUUGGUGUGUCAUGAGAUUGCCAGCGCGGGGAUGGGCCAGGUACCCUCAUGCACAUAACCUGUCUCUUAAGUUUCGGCUUCCGAUGAACAACUUGGGCUGUUUGUCUCGGACUCUCACCGUCACUGACUUGGCUCGUGCGGCUUCAACAGUCGAUUCUUCUCAGGUCCCUUGUGCCGAGUAUGGAAAAUCGUCAAGCCGCAGAGGGCCGAGCCCUUAAUAGCAUGAUGGUGGUUCAUAGAUCAGCCACACCACUCCCUUAAUGCAGGACUUGGACGUUUGUAGAAGGCCAUUUACGAGAUUUGAAGGAGUUGAAGUCACCGCCAGCACAUUUACAAGUACACGCAUGCCCUGGUAGUCAUGGAAUCUCGUGGGCAUGGAAGCGUUGGCGCGCUGCGAGGUAUGGCUCUCCGCUCUCAUAGUGCAAAAGUUCCACUUGAAUCACAUAGACGACGGGUUGAUAUGGGUCUCGUGCGCGAACAAUGCUCCGGAAAUCAUGAACGCUGAUAAAGAUAUCCUGCCUGCAGCUUGGCUCUUUCAGUUCUACGUCGACCGUUCGAAUACGAUAUGCAUUCUUCCAGACAAAGCGGGACGGUCAUCACCAUAAGAAUGCUCCCCAUUCGUCCCCCGCAUUCCCCAGACUUUUUGUGAUGGCUUGAGAUGGUCUGGAGGGGCGGAGCAAUUCUAAUAACGGACGAAGCAACAUUUCUCCACACGGAACGAGAGAUGGGUACAUAGGUUUUUGCAGCGCAGUGCCGCAUGGCAGGUCACCAUGCUAUUGAACGGCGUGCAUCGCGUUAAUAUCGCCGAAAACUGUCCUAUCAACUCGCUUCAUGACCCUCAGGCGGCAUCGCAACACGUCUUGCUUGUCAGACAGGUGGAUACCUAAUUUGCGGUAUUCAGCUGGCAAUGGUAUUCGAAAGCUCACUCCCCUAUCUUUUAUUCGUCGCUUGUACGUAAUUCUCAAGCUGCCUCGAUACACAAACCGACGAAGGGCCGGUAGCGUUGCCCACAGGGCAAAGAGGCUGCGAAAUCUCUUUACCUUUGAGUUUUCUGUCUCAAGUAAUUGCAGUUUUACUUCUCGAUACGGAACAGUCUCAAAAGCCAAGUGGCUAGUGGGCUUGAGUUUGACGAUCUUGAACCUGCAUUUAUUUGGCUCCCGUCAUUUCCCUUACCGCUUGGUGUUGGCGUGCGGCCGUUCUGUGUGGGGGAGGGUGGCAUUGCAGACUUCUGGAAAUCUGGGGAAGGCAACGCAGAGGAAGAGAUGGCAUAUCGUGGUUAUCCAAGGUAAAAGUUUCUUCACUAUCUGACGGCGGAAGGCUUUCCGCUUCCUCAGUGCAGGGUAUACAGAUUGUGGCUUUCGGCCUCUCUCGGUGCGCGGUGGACAAUCAGUGAUCGACACUCGGUAGGCUGAUGGCCAAGUCUGACGGUGGCUUGAUCAGGACAUCCAAUCAAUCCAAUGUACAGGCGAGCUCUGGAAGAUGACGACAAUGAUGAUGAUGUGGUUGUGUGGCAGCUCAAGAUAAGCCUUUUCUGAGGGAAGUGUGAAGUGCAACAAAUCUAGGGUAGGGAAAAGCGACGUCAGGCGGAUAUCUGAGAUGGCAAUGAUGAGCCUCGCUUCCAGUGGUUUGACGUUUUGGCUGAAUCCUGGUGCUUUCGGAUCGAGAUCUGUCAACCAAUGUGGCAGAUGAAACCAUAGGGCUACUAUGUUUAUCACAACAAAGAUCUUUUCUUUGUUGAGGAGGAUACAUGAUGUUGGUUACGUUGACCUUCAC